GAGAGCCCGAGUUGGGCAAGCGGGUGCUCGAUCUCAGGAGGGUUUGCGCGGUUUACGUACUCCCCGUUCGGUCCUCGAAUUAAAUCCACCGCCAGACUCUCCGCGUGCUCUUUGUCCUCGUCCCGUCGUCGUGACAGCCUCCGUCACCGUCCGUCAGCUCUCGUCCUCUCCCACCCCGGCGUCUAAACAAUUGCAUUCCUCACCAACCUUUCGCCUUCGCUUAUAUCUGGCAGGCUUCCGCGACUAGAACAUCUGCAUCUCCCGGCCCUCCUCCCUUCUCUUCUGCCAAUCCCUCCUUGCUCUUCCCGGGCACCGACCCUCCCCAUCCCAUGGCAGACCUCUACCCCACCUACGGUCGCCAGUACCAGCGACCGGACACCAACGGCCACUCCCACUUCCAGCUCCAGGGCGGUUCCUCCAACACCGGCGGCGUCAUGUACCCACCCCAGCUCGUCACCCAGAACAACAGCUCCCCGACCACCACCAACGGCUCCUCUGUCCAGGACCAGGACCAGUCCAGCCCGACACACGACACCGAGUCCAACUCGCCGUCGUCCCAAACAGCCUCCUCCCCAAAGCAAGACUCGCCAACCGGCACAAAGCAAGACGGCGUCCCACCUCAACCGACCAAACCUCAGGCGACGUUCUUGACCAAACUCUACGCUCUUCUCGAGCGGCCAGAGAACCACCACAUGAUCCGCUGGGAUCCCGCCGGGGAGCACAUCAUCGUCGAACGGCCAGAACAGCUUGCUCUCCAUGUCCUCCCCAGUGUCUAUCGUCAAUCGCGCUUUGCAAGUUUUUCGCGGCAAUUGAACAUCUACGGCUUCAUGCGCAAGGUCAACCUGCGCAACGUCGACCCAGCCAUCGAUGACCCUGACGCGAGUACCUGGUCUCACCCCACGCUCAACCGGCAUUCACCUCCUGAGGUGGUCGCGAACUUCAAGCGGCGCGUACCACCGCGCUUGCCCAAACCCCGAAAGCGCGACAGUAACGUCGAUGUGCCCGUCAUACCCCCGCCCAGAUCUGCUGUCGGAAUGAACCCGCACAGCUUGGGUGUUCCUAGCGGCCCUGGUUCGCCUGGCAGGCGCGCACGCGGAUUUUCCGCACCAGGGUCCUUCACCCCGCUGACGCAGUCGACUGCUGCUGGCUGGGGUACCAGUUACCCUCGGGCAGCCCUACCUCCACUCACGGUACCUUCGGAUCCCCACCCGCCCACCUUGUCUGCACACUCUCACAGUGGCAUGUACUCGCACCACUACCCGCUGACCCCAGCGGACGACCCGCCGCCGUCGUCGAACACGGCAUUCACGCCGUUGUCGUCGUAUUCGAGCGGAGCGUCGGCUGGGAACGGGCGGGAUAUGCUCCUGCCCUCGCCGAGCUCUGCAUACUCUCACUCGGAGCAAUCCAGCUGGGGAUUCUCGAACGGUGGCUCUAACGGUCAUUCUUCGGGUAGCCUGUCCAGCCUUUUGAACCCAAAUACGUCUGGCGGCGCAGGAGGAUACGGCUCAAGGCCUCCGACUAGCAUUAAUUCUUAUCCCAGCUCCUACGCGUCCAUCCCCCGUUCUGCACAUGCUGGUGGCACGUCGCCAGACAGUCGGCCUGCAACGGGCUACAGCGUGUCUUCAAUGUCCUCGAUCUCCACGCCGUACGAUGAGACAGGCGCUCAUCCGUUUGAAUAUUCUCGUCCUGGCUCUUCCCACCGUCCAUUGACUCCGGCUUCGUCGCGACCGCCGUCGUCAAAGGCGUCACAGUACAAUCCAGGCUCGCUUAGUGUCCGACGAGACCGACGGCACAGCCACGCCAUGUCGCCGUACCCUUCGCCCUACUCUGAGCACCCGCCGCAUUCGGCACACUCGGAGCGUCCGUCAACGUCGCCUCACCCUGGUGACGAUCACUCGGCAAUCCCACGGGUGCGGAAUAUGAUGGGCAUGAGCUCGGUCAGCGACACGUAUGGCUUCAACCCGGCUCAGGCUGACUUUGCGUACGGUGCGGUCGACGAUCACCACAGCAGCGCUCAUCACCCGCAAAGUUCGCACGGGAUGUAUGGACGCAGUGUGCGGCCGAGCACGAGCGCGUCGAGCCUCUCGGGCAGCUCCUCGACGGCGAACACACCCGGAGCGGACGGCUAUGGUCAGGCGGGCGAGAGCGCGGAUAUUAACAGAUGUGAAAUUCGCCACUAACCCGCGUUAAACCACUCUAGUCUCGCCGGACUUCGGCUUCGUGCAGAUGAACGAGCAUAUCCCGCAAUACACUAAACACGGGGAUCUAUGACGGGCUCCUCGGAGCUCUUCCUAGACCUUCUCCUACAUUCCUCUGCCGACUCGCGCGCUCUAGACCUCUUCUCGCAAUCGGACAUUGUUUUCUUGCUAUCUGUUGCUGUUGUAUAUCCCGGUCCCCAUCGUCGACGAGAAGAAUGGUACGGAAAGGGAAGGUGGUAUUGUUGAGGCGGUGAUAUGACAUCGGGCUCCGCCGCAAAGGCAGGGCAGAUGCCACGAUGGGGAGAUGGACAGGAGAGGCCCAUGGAUAGGAACCCUUGCGACAUGGUGCUGUGGUGGGAGCGGUGGAAGGCAUGCGGAACGGACGCCUUCUGGUUGCGGACGAUUCUCGCAUCACGCCGCGGACACUGCCAGCUCAUGUCUGCGCACGAUGGUCGAUAUCAGACGGGGUGCACUCGCUCGAUGGAUGGCCCGCCUGCCACACUGGCGGGUCUGGGUGCCUCGAGCUCGCAGGACCCUGGCGAUGAUGGGCUGUCCCCGUGCGGGGUCCGCGCAUGGUCACAUCAUGGAGGGGGGUGAUACUGCACAUGGAGGACGCUUGUCUCUGGAUCUGUACGUUCUGUUUUCGUCGCUGUUCAUCAUCAUUCGCGCAUCGCCUCUUCAGCUUUUCUCUUCAUGUGUUAAAACAUCCUGCAUCGCAUUACAAGCAGUUUUCUUUCGCAUGCACACGGCCGCUGUUGGUCCGCUUGGCCCGCUUGAGUUCUCCUCUGGCUUUGUGGCGAUUCUGUGAUUUGAUCCCACACUGGCUUCCUUGAUUCUUCCUUUUGCACCAAUUUCGCACGUAGCAGCCAACCUUGUCCCAACCCUGACCCCGCCCCGCCCGUGCUGAUUGCGCCGUGCCGUCAUCGCAGCAUCCGUGCACUUUUGCUUUGCCAGUUGGGGCGCAUCCCUUUCACCCUCGUUGUCCUUCGAUCCAUCAGUUUUUCUGUCUUUUUUGGCCCCUCGGGCACGCUCGUUUGGGCCGGAUCAGCAGCAAGGCUUGCACGGCUUUUGGCCCCCUCCUCGCCAACGAUCAUCACCAGCCCUCACGUCAGCGGCCGACGCGCCAAUGUCCGCCUGGCUUUCCGCCCUUUCAUCCACGGAUCCCGAAUCGUCUUAAUGCGUGCCUCGUGUCUCGCAUGACCUCUCGCUCUCACUCUCUCACUCUCUCACUCACCCAAGUACCGCCGCCGCUCGUUCGUAUCAGAAGAUCCCAACCGUCGCUCUCUCCGUAAUCACAUCAAGUUCCCUUUUCCCUGCCAUCCGCAUGUCGCACGCCCGCAAAUUGCAUUCCAUUCCUGUCUUUUGCAUUUCAUUUCCCGUAUAACCAUACCGGCUACCCUCUACUACCCCCGCGCGCUUGACUGCAUAUAAUCGAAGUAACAUACGACCAUUUUUUGCAAUUCUUAAUUACAGCUCUCUCUUUCGAUGUAGCAUACGUAUCAUUUCGUUUCUCUCUGUCCUCCAUCACCGAUAUACCCAUGUCCAUAGAACGUUGAC